AAUUUUAGCUGUGAGAUUUGUUUUCAAUUCCUUAAAGAUAUUUUAUAGCGCUGUCUAGCGCUCAAUAUGAGUUUUACGGGCGGCGGAACUAGCACUUCGACAGGAAAUGGCGGUAACAACAAUGUUUUGCCAAUGGCACAAUUGGCAGACGGUUGGCUAGAGCUUGAAUCGGAUCCGGGCCUAUUCACCUUGUUGCUAGAAGAUUUUGGAUGUCAUGAUGUCCAAGUCGAGGAAGUCUACGACCUACAAAAGCCUAUAGAAAGUCCGUAUGGAUUUAUAUUUCUAUUUCGUUGGAUCGAGGAGCGUCGGGCGCGUCGCAAAAUUGUUGAGACGACUGCCGAAAUAUUUGUUAAGGAUGAAGAGGCCAUUUCGAGCAUAUUCUUUGCCCAACAAGUUGUACCCAAUAGUUGUGCCACCCACGCCCUGCUAUCCGUUCUACUCAACUGCAAUGAAAAUAAUCUGCAGUUGGGCGAAACACUAAGUCGUCUUAAGGUACACACAAAGGGCAUGAGUCCCGAGAACAAAGGCUUGGCUAUUGGCAAUACACCAGAGCUGGCCUGUGCCCACAACUCUCAUGCCAUGCCGCAGGCACGUCGUCGACUGGAACGCACUGGAGCCGGUGUGGCUAGUUGUCGUUUUACUGGCGAAGCCUUUCACUUUGUCAGCUUCGUGCCCAUCAAUGGGCAACUGUUUGAACUCGACGGUUUAAAGCCCUAUCCUAUGAACCAUGGUUGUUGGGAGGAUCACGAGGACUGGACGGACAAGUUUCGUCGCGUGAUGACUGAGCGUUUGGGCAUUGCCACAGGCGAACAGGACAUACGCUUCAAUCUGAUGGCUGUGGUGCCGGACCGACGGAUAGCAAUCACACACAAACUGAAAAUGUUGCGCACUAAUCAGGCCAUUGUGUCCGGCACGCUGCAGAAGCUGCUAAAGGCCGAUGAGCAGGGCGAACGCGAUGAACAGCAGCGUCCAGACACACCCACCACGCUGCUGGAGCCUAGCGCAUUUACAGCGAGAGACUUGCAGUCGCUGCUCAAAAAUCUGGACACUGAAAUCGCCAUCAAUGAACAGCACUUGGCUGACGAGAACGACCGCCGGCAGAUGUUCAAGGUAGACGCGAGUCGCCGCACUCACAACUAUGACAAGUUCAUUUGUACGUUCUUGUCGAUGCUGGCGCAUCAGGGCGUACUCGGCGAGCUAGUCAGCCAGCACUUGCUGCCCUCCAAGAAGAUCAGUGGUCAAAGCGCAGCGAAUCGCAUUAGCAAACAAAGCAGCGCGGCGGCAACGAACACGGCAAGCUCCAAUGCCAGCGCCAAUGCAGGUGCAACAAAAUCGCAGCAACAGCAGCCGCAGCCACAAGGUGCGGCAACAACUCCCAAGAACGGCAAGUCGCCAGUCAAGACACCAGGACGAAGACGCAAGGGUCGCAACAAGUGUAGAAAGCGCAAAUGAUCUGCUCUCUAUGAUCUGACAUCAUUCUUGAGAAGUAUAAUUAAUAUUAGGUUUGCCACUAAGUUAAGUUAGAAUUAUCAAUAAACUUUCUGAAUUUUAA